AUGAAAUUCAACGAGAAUUUACUUUUUUUCUUUGUUGAAGAUGCUAUACCGAAUAUUCCUGCAAAUGCCAAAUGGGCACAAAAUGGAGUGACUGUCGCCGGAGGCAACGGAAAAGGCGGCGAAUUAAAUCAACUCAGUAGCCCUUUUGGCAUCUAUGUGGAUGACGAUCAAACUGUUUACAUCGCUGAAUCAGGCAAUGACCGUGUUGUCGAAUGGAAGUCUGGUGCAAAGAGUGGUCAAGUAGCAGCUGGUGGCAACGGAAAAGGAAAUCGAGCUAACCAGUUGAAUUCUCCAGUAGAUGUGAUUUUCGACAAAGAAACAGACAGCCUUAUCAUCAGCGAUCAAUUGAAUCUACGAGUGUUGCGAUGGUCUCGUCAAAAUCGAACAAAUGGGGAAACUAUCAUUGAAAAUAUCGAUUGUUCAAGAUUGGCAAUGGACGAUCAGAGAUUUCUCUAUGUCUCUGAUUACAAAAAGCAUGAAGUAAGACAAUAUCGAAUGGAAGAGAAGAAUGGAAUAGUAAUAGCGGGUGGCAAUGGACAAGGUGAUCGUCUCAAUCAACUCAACAGACCCUCCUACAUCUUUGUCGAUCAAGAUUAUUCUGUUUAUGUCUCAGAGUGGGAUAACCAUCGUGUCACAAAAUGGAUGAAGGGAGCAAUAGAAGGGAUUGUCGUGGCUGGUGGUCAAGGUAAAGGAAAGGCUCUAAAUCAAUUGUCGGAUCCCAAAGGAGUGAUCAUCGAUACGCUAGGCACAGUCUAUGUGGUAGAUAAUGGAAAUGAUCGAGUGAUGCGUUGGUGUAAAGAAGCGCCACAAGGAAAUGUGAUUGUUGGUGGAAAUGGGACGGGAAAAGAAGUAAACCAGUUGAAGAGUCCCACAGGUAUGUCAUUCGAUCGACAUGGCAAUUUGUAUGUUGUCGACUAUGGAAAUCAGCGAGUUCAACGAUUCUCAAUUGAAAAAUGA